CUUGUUGUUGGUUAUCCCGACGACUCGCUGUACCACGUCCUGAUCCUUACAGAUGAACAUCGAAUUUGUCCAAUAGAGCUACUUGACAGGGCAUACUUGCCCCCUCAACGCUCCAAGACACGAGCACUUUCCGACCCGAUGGCUCCUUCACAGACCCCCAGCCCGGCUCCUACAGCUGCCAGAAUACCAAGCUCCCGCCCGUCGUUGGAGAUGACACCGGACUUCACUGACAAGUCAUUUGAUCCCGCCGACUACCUUAACGAUGCUCUUCCCUCGCUGACGCUGGCGUCAACCCAAGCGAACCUCUCGCGAGGGCCCCCGGGGGCUAUCCCCUUGUCCGAGCUGUCCAGCCAGGUCCAGUCCGUCCUCUCACAGAUCAACGCGCAAAACGCCCGACACUCCACAACCUUGACACAGCUUACCGACGAGAUUCUACGAAGUGGGGGACGAUUAGCCUACGAAGUUGAAGUGCUGCGUGGAGAGACGAUCGGACUCUCGGAUACUCUGACGGAGGCGCUACGGGAUGACAUUGCGAAGUUUGUCCCGGAGGAUGUGGACAAUGACAAAGACGCUACUAUCGAGGAGUCGGAAAACAGCAAAGAGCAGACAGAGCGGAAGGAGGAGAUCACCGUGCAGGAUCCGGAAUAUGUCACGAAACUACGAACGUUGAAUCAGGUUCGGGCCCGGUUGGAAGAAGUGGUGCAGACUUUCGGAGAUGCCAUGGAAUGGCCCCUUCCGCCAUCGGAAACCUCUAUAGCGUCGUCCUUUAUAUCGGUGUCGGCCCCGGAACCUGGGCCAGAAAGCCACAGCCGCGAGGAGAAGGGCCAGGAGGCAGCCAAGAAGUUGCGAAUGGAGGUAACGGAGCUACUGGAUAUGAACGGUGGCGGGCAGGCAGGUGUUGAAGCCGCGGCACGUCGUGUUGAGUCGCUACGUACCUUGGCAACGAUCUGGAAGGGAACGGCUGAGGAGAAAGCCCGGACUAGGUUCGUAGACAGCCUGGCCAAAAUUGUGGAGGACCGUCGCAGGGCCCUGGAUAACCAGGGCCGCACGGAUCAAUCCCAACAGUCGUCUGGAUCGUCUACAAAAGGACCGUCGGCUAGUCAUCGGCGUCAGGAAAGCGAGGGACCCGGGGGUGGGAUUUUCCGCAAUCUGCAGCGGUUACGCGAGGAAAUAUACCUGGAAUGAGACAAGCAAAUUCCGGAGGGGUGUGUGCUGUAAAUCAUGAUUGCUUCAAGGCCAUUGCAUGGGUGUGGCGUUGAUAGUGUACAUAUGGAGUGCAAGUGAUCCUGUUUGUCUGCAUUGUGGGCUUUGCCCCGGUUUUUUUUGGAAAAUUAUAUGAUAGGCGGUUGUCUUUCAGAUCGGUAGUAGCUAGUGUCCGG